UAUACAACAUUUGAGAUUGUUCUCGAAGAAACGGAGCAGCCAAGGGGGAACGACGGAGAGGAAGGGAUCGAUACUUUGAUAGGAAAGCGGCUGACGAGCGACGAACAGAGACGACGCCGGUUUGAGGCUGUUGGGUCUCUGAAAUUCUUCUCGAUUCGUUUCGCCACAGCUCUGAACUCGAAGUAAUCACAACACGCACCCACGUACGAAACAAUGGCGACUGAGAUGGAAGAGCUAGUGGGCUUCUUGUCUUCUCCUUCUCCUCCCGUGAAGAAGGUGGCAGUGGACAUUGUCAGUGGAUUAACUGGAAGUGAAGAUGGGUUGCAGUCUCUGGCCACAUUUGAAAAGAUUUUGUUACCGUCAUUGGUUCGACUUUUGAGUGAAAAUAAGGAGGUGUCUCAACCUGCAGCAGAAGCUCUUGUAAAUCUUUCGCAGAAUUCUAACAUGGCAUCCAAAAUGGUCACAAUAGGAAUGGUCAAAACAGCCAUGGAUUUGUUGUACAAACCAGACACAACAAUUUCUAGAUUACUCGUUAUGCUUCUGGUCAAUCUUACGCAGUCGGAUGCUGGUAUCGCGUCAUUGCUCCAGACAGGAGAUGAGAAGGUGCAAGGAUUAUAUGUGAUGAAGCUUGUGAGGUCAUUUUGUAGAUCCUCCAAUGAAUCAGGCGAUGAUUCAUUUGAGCAUGUGGGUUCAAUCCUGGUAAACAUUUCAAAGAAUGAAGCUGGGAGGAAGAUUUUACUGGACCCCAAACGAGGUCUUCUUAAGCAGAUCAUCUGUCAAUUUGAUUCAAGUAGUCCAUUGCGGAAAAAGGGGGUAUCAGGAACUAUUCGUAACUGCUGUUUUGAAGCUGAGAAUCAACUGCAGAAUUUGCUUUUAGUGUCCGAGUUUCUUUGGCCCGCUCUUCUUCUGCCUGUUGCUGGUCACAAGAUCUACGCCGAGCAAGAUACAGCGAAGAUGCCUCUUGAGCUUGGGACUGCAUUGUCAAUUGACCGGGAACCAGUUGAUGAUCCUGAAAUUCGGAUCCAAGCACUCGAGGCAAUCUAUCUAAUCGUGUUACAGGAAGCGGGGAGGAGAGCCUUGUGGUCCGUCAACGCGCCAAGGAUACUUCAAGUAGGUUAUGAAGAUGAGGAAGAUCCUAAAGUAAUGGAAGCUUACGAGCGGAUUGGCUCGUUGCUUGUUCACGGUGGUGGAACGGAGGAAUCAACCGCCGAAGCAACCAAGUAGCUGAAUGUAUCUUGCACACUUCGGUCAAGAAAGUCCUUGUGAUUCUGUUUUCCCUCAAGGGACAAUGGUGACUGUGAAGGUCAUUGUAUCUCUGGCUUCAGGUUUAUUUGUGCUCUCUACAUAGCAUGUAGCUCAAUAUACGCUAUGAAAAAUGAAUGAUGUUUAACUUGCUCAGGCAGGCACCCUUUUAUUUUCUCGGGUGACCAAUGCAGGCAGUAAGGAAUUUCUGAGUA